AUGCCGUCGACGUAUAAAAGGGAUAAGCCCUGGGACACAGAUGACAUUGAUAAGUGGAAGAUUGAUGAGUUCAAGCCUUCCGAUAACGUAGGCGGGACUUUUACAGAAGAAUCCUCCUUCGUCAGCCUGUUUCCUAAAUACCGAGAGGUUUACCUAAGGGAGGUAUGGCCGUUAGUAACCAAGGCGCUCGAGAAGAGUGGCAUUGCAUGUACACUGGAUUUGGUGGAGGGUAGCAUGACUGUCAAGACUACCCGAAAGACAUUCGACCCUGCUGCUAUCCUGAAAGCGAGAGAUCUGAUUAAGCUGCUUGCCAGAAGUGUACCGGCGCCACAGGCAUUGAAGAUCCUCGAGGAUGACGUCGCGUGCGAUAUUAUCAAGAUUCGUAACCUGGUUCGAAAUAAAGAGCGAUUCGUUAAGCGACGACAGCGCAUCCUUGGACCAUCUGGCUCGACGUUAAAGGCCCUCGAAUUGCUUACAAGUACCUACCUGCUCGUUCAAGGAAAUACGGUUGCUGCCAUGGGUCCGUUCAAAGGAUUGAAAGAAGUCCGCCGAAUCGUCGAGGACUGCAUGAACAAUAUCCAUCCAAUCUAUCAUAUUAAAGAAUUAAUGAUUAAACGAGAGCUCGCCAAGGAUCCUCAGCUCGCAGAGGAGUCGUGGGAUAGAUUCCUUCCACAGCUGAAGAAACAGACGCUUAGCAAGAGACGGAAACCAUUCAAGGUUACAGAUAAAGCGAAGAAGGUCUACACGCCGUUCCCGCCUGCUCAGGAGAGGAGUAAGGUUGAUCUGCAGAUCGAGAGUGGUGAAUAUUUCCUUAGCAAGCAGGCUAAAGAACGGGCUCGGAAGGAGGAUGUCAUGGAGCAGCAGAGGGAGAAGAGAGCGGAGAAAAUGAAAGAACAGGAGAAAGACUUUAUCCCGCCAAAGGAAGAUACGGGGGAAAAGAAAAAGAAGAAGCGGAAGCGGCUAGAGGAUGAGGGGGAAGAUACGCGGAAUGGAGAAGAGGCUGAGAAGAAAGUCAAGCACAAAAAGAGCUCUAAAAAGGAAAAGGCAUGA